UGGUCAGGACAAACAACACAGGCCGCAGAAGACAAGGUUGGAGGCUACCAUGGACAAGACUCCCACUGGAACUUGGUUGCAAUUUUAGGACAUCACUUAUCAAAAAAUUACAUCCGGGGACUAACCGGAAAGAGUGUUGGUAUUCUCUGCAGAUGCUGUGUUUGAGAAACCACUAGCGAGAACCUCGAAAUCAUUAAUAGACGGAGACCUUUCCUUCUCUGCCACUGACCGUUUCUCUCGAUAUUUCUUCUGGAUUGUUAAAGUUUCUAACAAACGCCAUGGAUACGCUAACUCAUAUCAUCGACCCGGAGGGCGAGUUGAUCAUCAUACUGCAAUGUCCAGCCUGUCCAUUUGCAGCCCGAGAUGAAGAAAACGCUGAUUUGAAAUUUGCACAAUCGACGCCAAUUGCUGCUGCUGAAAGCAAGAACCCGGUAUCAAACCUCCGAGGAUUACCCAUUCCAGAGUCCAUAAUGAGCGCUGUCAACAAAGAUAGGGCUGAGAGUAUCUCAGAGCUCAUCUCAACGCUGUACAACGCACAGGAGACUUUGCUAUAUUGCGAGCAGACCUGCACCUUCAAGUGUCAGUCAAUGAUGUACAGGGACCUAAGAAGGCAAAUACAAGUCAGCGGCUUAGUUUCUACGACUCCGUUCAUUGGGUUGAGCUACAAUGGCUUGGUGAUGGCGGUACGCGAUCUCAGGUUCCUGUAGCAAAACCGGUAUAUUCAGUCUUAUUCCUGGAACAGAUG